UCGUUUUGAAGCCCUCCGCCUCCAGCUCCUCCUCCGACUCCGACGAGCUCAAACCGUCUUCCUCCUCCUCCUCCUUCUUACAUUCACGAGUACAAAAAGAUGGUGAGGGAACCUGCAGUGGAUUCGAGCAAGACGCCGAGCGCUCUGAAGUUCCUCUGCAGCUACGGCGGCAAGAUCGGCCUCCGCAGGUCCGACGGCGAGCUGCGCUACGUCGGCGGCUUCACCAGGAUCCUGUCCGUCGACCGCUCCGUGUCCUACUCAGAGCUGAUGGUGAAGCUGAUGGAGUUCUGCGGGUUCUCCGUCGUGUUGAGGUGCGCGCUGCCGGACGGCGACCUGGAGACGCUGAUCUCGGUGAAGUCCGACGAGGAUCUGGCCAACUUGAUCGCGGAGUACGACAGAGCUUCCCUCGGGUCGCCCUCUCCCAAGAAAAUCAGAGCCGUCCUGUCCCCGCCGGAAUCGCUCAAGGUCGUGUCCCCGCCCGCGUCCUCCGCGUCCAGCGUCGACCUCUCCGCCCGCAAUUCCCCGACGCACGCGGCCGGCGACCGGUGGCGCACCGGGAGCCGGUCGCCGCCGGCACAUUCCCAGGUCAGAGCGGAGACAUUGCGUUGCUACCCCUGCUACGUCGAGCCGAGGAGGGUUUGGGCCGGCGGUCACGGCUGCAAGUACUGCCACUGAAACACGGGAAACGGGAAAGUUCGAGAAGAAUCUAGAGAAACGAGGACGACGAUAAAAAAAAAUAGAGUGAUUACACAAAUUUAGAAAACGAAUUUUAGAAUUACAGUCGGAAUGAGAAGUGUGAUUCUGAUGAGUCUGUACAGUAUUCGUUCCCCCCCACAGGAUUCCUUUCAACAAAUUUUUUUGGCUCAGGAACUUCGGACA